UGUCAGACUUCCCGUCUUUUUACUACCCGUAACGACUGCCAAAGAUGUUCAAAUGACAGCCGGGACCUACAGUUUCUCGUGCUCUCCGAAUCUGUCAAAACCGCAUCAAAAUCAGUUGAACGUAAGAGAAUUGCGAACAAAUAAACACACAUACAGGUUACAGGAACCUCCUUUUAUGAAGUCAGUUAAAAACGUUGUCUUAUUAUAAUAGGAACUUGAUAAAACAAGCCUGCAAACUAAGUAAAGAAUUGAUAAAAUCGUGACCUGGCAACAAAAUUCGUUCAUUUCCCAACAGGAAGAAAUAUAAAUUGUUUAACUUUUUUAGGCGGCGUGUAAACCAAAUUUCCUUUUCUUAAAAUCUGGAGAAUGAACUUGAUAACAAAGGAAUCCUCUUGAGAUAACAUUGAAGGUUUUUAUUUCUUUGUAACUAAUCCGCCUGGUGAUGAAUUUGGGUACAACUCAUUUGUCAAAUGUCAGUUGCGUAAAUUAAUACAAUUUAUUAGGCAUUAUUUUUUUUGUAUUUUAUUGUUUUUUUUUCUUAAAUUUGUAGAGGCUUAUAAGGGAUUUGUUUCUUGUUUAUUAUACAAUUUGUCCCAAUUUUAAAGAUAUUUAAUUAAUGGUGUGGUUGGUCUAUUUGGUUUUCUUCUUGUGGGCUAUAUAGUUUUAAGUAAUUUACAUCAGUUUUUUUUUCAUCCGAUGUAGGUAGGUAGUCAUGGUUUGACAAAAUUAUUAUUUUUGGGGAUAAGACGAGGCCGAAUUUUCUCUGUUUUUUUUUCGCAAAAAUUGCAUAAUAAUAUUGAGAUUUUGUGGAGAUCUAAGGGGGAGGCCUAUGUUCAGCAGUGGACGUCCUAUGGCUGAGAUGAUGAUGAUGAUGAUGAUUGAGAUUUUUCGUGGAUCUUUGGAGCCAAAACAGCAACAAAGCACACCAGAUUAUUAAUACCAGUAUAAUAUUAUGCAAUAUAAUUAGGCUAGGAAUGGUAAAACUCCCUUAAACAUGUCGUUAGUUAAACUUGCGACAAUCGUAGAAAAAGUCGCACAUAUACAAACCAGCCUGAAUUGCAUUGUUUAUUUUCAAUAAUCGCAGCCCGGUUUGUUUUAUGUUGUGAAUCGCAUGCGCAGUUGUCAUUCGAUGUACUAGCGAGUCAAGCAUUCACAAACAGACGUAGUUCUAAUGCUCCAUCGACAAAAAUAAUGUAUUUUGGCCCACAGUUGGCCAUGCUUGUGGUCGCGACGGCACUCUCAAGACUCAGCUACGUCCAAUCCACAGCCGACAAUGAUGAUGACCAGGACUUCCAGGCACCAAGCCACUUGGCAAAGUCUGAUGCUGAGGAGGAACCGGCAGAUGUCUUAGAGCAGCUGCGUAACCACGAACGAGACCUCGAGAGAGACUCAAGAAAGAGAAACGAAAUCGAGAUAAGAGCAGAGAAAUAUGACGACAAAAAUUCCGCAGAAGUAGAAUCAACACGAGCAACAGUGGCUGCCGCAGCGGUCCAACUGCCCACAGAAGAAACCAAGAAGAGGCUGGCCAUCCCGAACGAAGAUGUUGAUAUAGUGGACCGGGAAGAUCAUGUCACACAAUAUCUGGCAGAUCUACUGGUGAACACGGAUAGUGAAAUUACUUUUCUUCAGGCUAGUGAAGUUGAAGAUGAACGAGAACUUCCAGAGUAAGUAGCCUAACAGACUUAAAAAAGUCUCACUUUCUUUCUUAAUAUUAUCAAUGUAUGUAACCCAAAUGUAAUAAAGUAACUUUUGUAUGUA